AUGCGACGACGUCGUAAUAGCAAAAAGAUGUCAGCAGAUGACGUGGCAGACGAUUGGUUGCCAUCGACAACAAUGUCAGGUCCUGGAUGGAAAGCACGUGGAGAUCGAAAACCAAAAGAAAAGAGGGUCCCUUUUAAUAGACCAACUCCAUAUCAGAUCUACGAAGCUCUGCCAUUUGUUCGUCGUUACUUUAUGUACUGGAUGAAACACACUUUUGACAAGGAGAAGCUAUUUAUUAAUACUUUCCAACCAUUAAAGCAUAAACCAUACUAUGGAGUUCCCUGUGGAGGAAUUGGAUGUGGAGCGAUCGGAAGAGAUUUUCGCGGAGGAUUCUGCAAAUUCAGUCUUCGUCCGGGCCUCGUAGAACACAAAGUUGACGUCGUUGCCGCUGACCAAUUUAUUCUCUCCGUGCGGGAAAAUGACAGAUGUAUCUAUCAAAAAGUGCUCUCCGCCGCCGAUGUUCACCGAUCGUCUGGACAACUGUCCACGUGGGAUUUUGGAUUCCCAAAAAAGAAUGUGCACUACAGAGGAUUGUUCCCAAGAUCGUGGACCACAUUCAGAAUACCAGACUUGGGAUUGACUGUGGUUAUUAGACAAGUGUCUCCAGUGCUUCCUAACAAUUAUGAAGAUACCACCUAUCCUGUUUGCCUUUUUCUGAUCGAUGUCGAGAACACUACAAACGACAGAGAAUACGAUGUUUCGGUAGCCUUCACAUUCCGCAACGGAACUGGAAAUAGAAGAUGGGAACGAGAAGCCGAGUGUUCUGCGGUGAUGUUUGAGACUCCAGAAGAUUCUGCAGAACAGGUCACUGGAGUUAGCCUCUAUCAUAGAAUCUCCGGAAUGUCAUGCACCUACGGAUUGGCUUCAACACACAGCAAGGAUAGUGUGCUAUCGGUUUGUGAGAGAUUCGAUCCAUCGAAAAGUGGAGGAGCACUUUGGAAUCAUUUAAUGCAAACCGGAGAUGUUCCCAGCUUGGAGGAAGAAUGCGCUAUCAACGCUCGCGAGAUGGCUGUAGCCGUCAGCAAUCGAUUCACUCUUCCCCCAUUAUCGUCUAAAACGCAUGACUACGCGUUGAGUUGGGAUAUGCCAAAAGUACAUUUCGGAUCCACUGGGCGCAGUUAUCACAGAAGGUACACCAGAUUCUUCGAAGCCAGUGAAGCUGGAAGUGCUGCAGAUUCUCUCUGUGUUCGUGCGUUGAGACUACGACACAAAUGGGAAGAGGAGAUCGAGAAAUGGCAGUCACCUAUUCUAACCCAUGACAAGUUACCAGAUUGGUACAAGUCUGCGAUUUUCAAUGAACUUUAUUUCAUUACUGAUGGAGGAACAGUUUGGUUUGAGUUUGAUGAAAAUUGGGCGGAUCAUGAGGCACAUUUGAGUAAUUACACCAAGGAGAAAAUGAAGAAUAUUGGAAGAUUCGGGUAUCUGGAAUCUUGGGAAUACCGAAUGGUCAAUACCUAUGACGUCCACUUUUAUGCUUCCUAUGCUCUGGCUGAGCUGUGGCCUGAGCUGGAGCUCACAGUCCAAUCUGAAUUCACCGACCAGGUUUACCACUCUAUCGAAAAACCCACCCGAUUCCAUAUGGAAGGCGAUUGGGCAAAUGUGAAAACUGCUUCUCGCGUCCCUCACGAUCUUGGAAACCCAGCCGAUGAGCCGUGGAUUGCUACAAACGCAUAUGUUAUGCAUGACACUGGAAAAUGGAAGGAUCUCAACAUGAAGUAUGUGUUAACUUCGUGGCGAGACUACGUUGUACUCUCUGAGGAGCAUCAGGAAUUCUUGCAUCACACGUGGCCAGCUGUCAAGAUGAUCAUGUUGGAGGCAUUGGCUAAUUGGGAUCAAAAUGGAGAUGGAAUGAUUGAGAACUUUGGAAAGGCAGAUCAAACUUAUGAUGCGUGGCAGAUGGAAGGAGUUAGUGCGUAUUGUGGAUCUCUUUGGUUAGCCUCUUUGAGAGUAUCCAUUGAAAUGGCAGGGCUAUUAGAAGAUGGAGAAACUAAAAAACUAUUCCUUGAAACUCUGAACAAGGCGAAAAAAGUGUUUGUGGAUGUUCUCUGGACAGGAACCUAUUUUCGUUUCUGUGAAAGAUCCAGAAGUCGAGAAACUGUUAUGGCAGAUCAACUCUGUGGAUAUUGGUUCCUCCAAUCAGUCUCCCCUGAAAUGGCUGAUGAUCUUUUGCCAAGUCAUAUGGUACGGUCUGCACUUGACACUAUCUAUCGUCUGAACGUUUGCCAAUUUGGUAAUGGUCAAAUGGGAGCCGUGAACGGUAUGAAACCAUCUGGAGUCGUAGAUCGAGAAUAUAUUCAAGCUGAUGAGAUGUGGACGGGCGUUACAUACGCGGUUGCUUCGCUUCUUAUUCAACAAGGAGAAGUCGAGAAGGCAUUCCAUACAGCAUCAGGAAGCUAUUUGACGUGUUUCGAGCAAACUGGGUUACAAUAUCAGACACCGGAAGCACUUUAUGAAUCAAAAUUCUACCGUGCAAUUGGUUAUAUGCGCCCCCUAUCCAUUUGGGCAAUGCAAUGGUCACUUAAAAAGCACUGCGGAUUGAAUACGAGUAAAGAACGAUUGCCAAAACUGCCUUCUGAACAUGCGAAGACGUCAGAAGACACUGUGAAGCGAGUAGAAACAUCGGCCAGUGAAGAUAGUUCGAGUCUAGGAUACGUCAGUGAUUAUCGAGAGGAGAAGACAGCGUCGACAAGGACCCGAUGA